CCGUAAAGUAAGCACAUGACCCUCAGUUGCCUCAUUGAGCAACGUGAGAGAUGAUAUCCUCCUGCAAGGAUUGAAAGGGUUUAUAACCUAGCAGUAUCGGUAGCGCGCUCGUUAUCUUGCAGUUUCUUCUCUCUCACAUUAUCAAUCCAAUAUGGACGAGAAAACCGCUAAUGAGGGUACCCAGCAAAAGACAACUGACGCACCUACAAACGUCGAUGUUGAGCACAUAGAAAGCAAUGAGUUGGACUAUGAUGCUCAAAGGUUACACGAUCUUGGAUAUAAGCAAGAGUUCAAAAGAUCUCUGGAUAUGUUCGUACAAUUCGGCUUUGCCUUCUCUACCAUGGCUGUAUUGCCUAGUUGGAGUGUUGGAUUUGGACCAUCUUUAAACAGUGGAGGCCCGGUAGCUUUGUUCUUUGGUUGGAUUAUUGUUGCGACAUUUGUCAGUCUUAUUGGAUUGGGAAUGGCUGAGAUUGUGUCUGCGAUGCCAACGGCUGGUGGUGUAUAUUAUUGGUGCUUCAGACUUGCCGAUAAAAAUUGGGGUCCUUUUGCUGCCUGGAUGGCGGGAUAUACCUACUUGGUCGGUUUGCUUGCUGUCAACAUGACAUUGGCAUAUGGAGGAGCACAAUUUAUCCUCGGUAUGGUAGCCAUGGGCGAGGGAACUUAUCCUCAAGGCGCUUAUGUUGGAAUCUACGUCGGACUUCUCGUCCUGGCAGCUCUUGUCAACUUGUUGGGCACAGGGGCCACUGGUAUCAUUAACAAGUUUAUUGUUGCUUGGGCUUUGAUUGGAACUGUUAUCAUUGUGGUUGCCAUGCCAGCCAUGGCACCUACCCAUCAGCCUGCACAAUGGGUGUUCACAGAGUUCAUCAACAACACUGGUUAUACUAACGCUGGUAUCGUAUUCUUUCUCGGAAUGUUGCAAGCUGGUUGGACUUUGAUUGGUUACGAAACAUCUGCACAAAUUGUUGAAGAGACUUACCGUGCAGAUAUUGCUGCUCCCAGAGGCAUUAUUGUGUCCAUCGUUGGCGCAUGGAUUCAAGGUCUUGUCCUUAUCUUGGCUGUCUUGUUCUCCAUUCAAGAUGUCGAUGAUAUCAUGUCAUCCACUGUUCCCAUUGCCAGACUAUUUUACACUACAACCAAUAACAACGGCUUGACUAUUUUCUUCCUUCUCAUUCUAUUGGGAGCUCAGCUUGGAUCUUUGUUCAACUCAAUUUUGGCUUGUGCGCAUUUGAUUUGGGCUAUGGCUCGUGAUGGCUGCUUGCCAUAUUCAAAGUUCUUCUACAAGCUGAGUGACAAAACCCAUGCCCCUGUUCGGGCUAUCUGGUUGCAAUUGGUCAUCUGUAUUGCCAUUAUUAUGCCGUCUUUUGGAAGCACCGUCUUUUGGCAAGCUAUUAUGUCGACUGCUGUUAUUGCUGUCAACAUCUCCUACGGUCUUCCAUUUUUCUGUCGCUUGGUCUUCACAAGAAACACCAUGGAAAAGGGUCCAUUCAAUCUCGGAAAGUACAGUCUUCCCAUCAACGUCGUCUCAUUGAUUUGGAUCUCUUUCUUUGCCGUUAUUUUGUGUUUCCCAGCUGUUUCUCCCGUUUCUCCAGUCAGCAUGAACUACGCUAGUUUGAUGAUUGGCGCCGUCUUACUCUUUGCACUUUUCUUCUGGAUUGUCUCUGGCAGACAUUUCUACAAGGGACCAAUGCAAAAUGCCGAUAACUAGUCGUGCACCUUACACCCUGAUCUAUCUUGAGAUGAAAUUGUACUUUUAAUACUACUUUCUGUCAACUCACGGAAUGAUUUUCAAGGAACUAAAAUUAAAAUGUUUAAUAGUAUCUUACA